AUUAAUGUUUUAAAUCUCAUGUGUGAACCUUUAAAACUAGCAUUUUAAUAAAAAACUACUCCUGACUGAGCAGUUGAGUUUAGGAGUACAGAAACUGACUCCAUGAUCUCUUCUCUUUAUCUUCCCUGCAGGUGCCUGAAGCACGAACACCUCUCAAGUCCCUGGAGGAAAUCAAGCUGAUGUUCCAGCGCUUCAGUUUCUCUCCUUUCUCAGCGCUCUCCCCUCCGCUGAUCAAAGGCAGCCCUCGCAGCUUCACCAGCAGGCUGUUUGCCCGGGGGAAGACCGGCUCCUUCACCUUCUCAACUCCUACCAACAGCACCACAGAUGGAUCAGAAGCAGGCCAAGAAAGCAACCUGGAAACCUCCAACCUGAGGCGCAAACUGGACUCUGGAUCCUCCAGAGUGGAAGGAAGAGAUGCUGGACAGGCAGAGGACAGGGAAUCAGAGGAUAAUAAUAUCAAGGACACAAAGACAAAUGGGGCCAGGCAGGAAGAGGAGGACGUGAUAAGAGAAGUGGACUCUGAGAGUGACUCUGAUGAGGAGCUGCUUUAUGAGGCAGAGAGUCCGGACGAGGCGGCUCUGGUCCACGCAGCCCAGGCGUACCACUGCACCCUGAGGGGACGGUCCGCAGAGAGCCUGCUGGUAGACCUGCCAGGAAUUGGCUCUCUGGCCGUCCAGCUGCUCCACAUCCUGCCCUUCGACUCCAACAGGAAGAGGAUGUCAGUGGUGGUCCGCCACCCACUCUCAGGACAGGUGGUGGUUUACACCAAGGGAGCCGACUCCGUCAUCAUGGACCUAAGCGAGACACCUAAAGGUGCAGAGCAGGCUCAGGAGAUGUACAGUCACAUCAGAGAACAAACCCAGAAACAUUUAGACAGUUACGCCAGAGAUGGACUCCGGACUCUGUGCAUUGCUAAAAAGAUUCUGGAGGAAGAGGAGUAUGAGGUGUGGCUGAAGAGACAGCUGCUGGCAGAGAGCAGCAUAGAGAACAGAGAGGAGCUGCUGCUGGAGUCCGCUCAGAGACUGGAGACCAACCUCACCCUGCUGGGUACCACAGGGAUUGUAGACAGACUGCAGGAGGAGGUCCCGGAGACCAUUGAAGCUCUCCAGAGGGCCGGGAUCAAAGUCUGGGUCCUCACAGGAGACAAAAAGGAGACGGCCAUUAACAUCGCCUAUGCCUGCAAACUCCUCCGUCCCAAUGACCAGCUGCUGACAGCCAGCUGUGGAAGCAAGGAUGCCUGUGCACCUCUGCUCGAGCAGCUCAAACUGGAAGUGCAGAGUGGCAAAGGCAGCUUGACGGUACUGACUGCAGCGGGGGACCAUGAGGAAUCAUCCUCGGGCAGCGCGGCUGGCUUUGUUCUGGCCAUAGACGGCCACACACUAGAAUGGGCCCUGCAGGAGGAGCUGAAGAGUGACUUCCUGGAACUGAGCUGCAGAUGCAACGCAGUCAUCUGCUGCAGGUCCACCCCGCUGCAAAAGAGCCAGGUGGUCCGGCUGGUCCGGGACCAGCUUAGCGUCAUGACCCUGGCUGUGGGUGACGGAGCAAAUGACGUCAGCAUGAUUCAGGUGGCAGAUGUGGGCAUCGGGAUAUCUGGUCAGGAGGGCAUGCAGGCUGUGAUGUCCAGUGACUUUGCCAUCUCCAGGUUUAAACACCUCAGUAAGCUGCUGCUGGUCCACGGCCACUGGUGUUACUCUCGCCUCGCAAACAUGAUCCUCUACUUCAUCUACAAGAAUGUGAUGUACGUCAAUCUGCUGUUCUGGUAUCAGUUCUUCUGUGGUUUCUCUGGGAGCGUCAUGAGCAACUCCUGGGUGCUCAUCCUCUUCAACUUGCUCUUCACCUCCGUCCCUCCUCUCAUCUACGGCGUCCUGGACCGAGACACGCCUGCAGACACUCUGAUGGAGCUGCCUGAGCUCUACCGGGCUGCACAGACUUCCAAGGUCUACGUCCCCUACAUGUUCUGGGUCACCGUCCUGGAUGCUUUUUACCAAAGCCUGGUCUGCUUCUUUGUGCCUUACUUUGUAAGUGUCAGAUCAUCCUGUUCUGUCAAAUAGGUCCUUUGUUGCUGUUUUUAUUCCAUUGCUUUACUUUACGUGUGGUGGUGUCAGAGUUUAUAUGUGCUCUACUGCUGUUGUGUACUGUUUUUCAACCAACACUGGUAUAAAACCCCUAUGAGGAACUUUCUUUUUGUAUUGAUUGCUC